AUGACCCAACAGCAUCAGGUCACCACCGACACCGCGCAAGCCGACGACGGUCUGGCUCGGUUUCUUCCCGGCGACCCAACCAACCCACGGAACUGGCCAUCGUGGAGGAAAUGGUUGGUGGUGUCGAGCAUAGGUCUGGUUGAUCUGACAGUAUCUUUCGGUGCUUCUGGCUUUUCACCAGCAAGCGAGAGCUUCGCCAAAGACUUUGGCAUCAGCCACCAGCUUAGCCAUCUCGGACUGAGCUUGUACGUGCUUGGCCUGGCUUUUGGACCUAUGCUCAUUGCUCCUCUGUCGGAAUACUAUGGACGAACAGCUUUAUAUUUGAUUCCUUAUGGCAUCUUCCUGGUCUUUCUGGGCUUGACCGCUUUGGUAAACAACCUUCCUAUUUUCUUUAUGCUAAGACUGCUAUCUGGCGCUUUCGCAAGCGUGACAAUUGCCAAUUUUGGUGGCACGAUAGCAGACCUAUUUGCUCGUGACGAGGUUGGACCCGCGAUGAACGUAUUCCUCUGGGCGGCCGUUGGCGGCAGUCCCAUUGGGUUCUUCCUGAUGUCCCUUGUGGCUCAACAGCAUGGCUGGCGGACCGUCCUCUGGACACUGCUCGGUAUUUGCGCAGCUCUAUGGCUUCAGCUUGUAAUCGUACUAGUGCCUUUUGGAAAUGAGACACGACACUCCGUCUUGCUUCGAAGAAGGGCACGCAAGCAGGGCAAGACAAUACCUAGUGAGGUUCAAGCGAGAUCGUUGAAGACGUUGUUCACUGUUACACUGGCGCGGCCCUUCCGCUUCCUGUCCACUGAGACCAUCGUCAUCUUCGGUGCUCUUUUCAAUUUUCUCUUGUAUGGCUUGUCUUUUAUGUUCAAUGGAGCGUUCGGGCUUGUUUUUGGCAAAGCAGGCUAUGGGUUCGACACAGCCGGUGUUGGGUAUUGCUUUCUAGGUUUGAUCCUAGGGAUCAGCUUGGGUCCGAUCGCUGGCAUCUGGCAGGAACGCUAUUAUCAACACCAAGUCCGUGGGAACAGAAAAUCUUCGGAAGACUCUGGCACCUCUGAAGCAAGCAAUCUCCUCGAGCGCGGCCGCUCUACCACACCAAGAUACAUGCCCGAAGCUCGUGUACAACUGGGAAAGUUAGCUGCCAUCCUGCUGCCGAUAAGUCUCGCUUGGUUUGCUUGGGCUUCACCAGCAUAUGGUGUACAUUGGGUGGUCCCAAUUCUUGCGACAACUCUGUUCGGUUUCAGCUUCUUUACGCUCAUAUUUAUGGUAGCCAUAUACACCGAGGAGAGCUACAUGGCUUACUCCGCGUCUGCCUUGGCUGGUAUUGGGCUAGCAAGAAACAUUGGAGGUGCCGUUUUCCCAAUGGUGGGCAACGUUAUGUAUGAGAAGCUCGGUACCAGCUGGGCAGGCACGAUUAUCACCGGGCUGGCGGUUCUCCUUGCGCCUAUACCCUUUGUCCUUUCACGUUAUGGGCCGAAACUUCGGGCUAAAAGCCCUUUCGCUUGCGAGAAUACAGAGGAUGAUGAAUAAGGGUGAUUGUGAGAAAGAAUAGACCAGCUCAAGUAAUA